CUUUCUCUGUGGCAGCAUGAGAAUGCACUGUUUUAAAGUGCUGCCAAGAAGGAUAUAGCAGCAUGCAGUGGAGUUAGGUUCUGUCAUCUCGGAUCCAUCUUGUCCCCCCAACACCUAGCAGUUACUGCAGCAUUUCUGGUAAUGCCAGUGACCAUUCCCUGUUGCGGUUUCAUGCAUUGGCUAGCUAAGGUCCACCGUGCUGCUCCCUUGUUCUGCAUCCUCAAAAAGACAGAAGAAACUAUGAAAAAAAGCUCCUGGAUUGAAGAAAGGACAGGGAGCUCACUCGGCCACUGUCACAGGGAGAACAGACUCAGUGCAAGGGAGAUUAAUGUAAUUUAUUGCCUAUUGCUAGCAAACUAGAGCAGUGAGAACUAAAAAGCAAAUUAAAAUCGCCUUCCUACCUGCCUCCAACCCUCUUCUACCCUACUCCCUUUGAGCUGCACAGGGGAGCAGGGGCUGUGGACGAUCCAUAACGCUUUGUCUCUGCUGCUCCUCCGUGGUUGCUCUUUGCCCCUGCUCCAACAUGGGGUCCCUCCCACAGGAUGCCAUCCUUCCCAAACUGAUCCUGCAUGGGCCUCCCACGGGCUGCAGCUCUUCAAGCACUGCUCCAAAAUGGCUCAGUGCCAUGGGGCAUGUGUCCCCUAAGGGAGCAGUUACCCCAGCCCUCCUGUCCCACCGUGGGCUCCUUUCCACACACUGCUGCUCCUGCAGGGUCUCUCCUGGGCUGCAGGGAACUUUUGAUCUGUCCUGCACCUUCUGUCCUCCUCCUGCCCUGACUCUGGUGGCUGCAGGGCUGCUUCUCUCACAUUUCUCACUCUCCUCUCCCAGUUGAUUUUGUGCAGCUUUUUUUCCCUUCCUUCAGUCUGCUCUCCCAGAGGCAUGCUCAGUGUCACUCAUGGUUCAGCUCUGCCCAACAGCAAGUUCCUUUUGGAGCAGCUGGAGUUGGCUUUAAUCUGACAUGGGGCAGCUGCUCACAGAAGCCAUCCCUAUAGCCCCCUAAUACCAAAACCUGGCCAUACAAACCAAGCUUGUAUGUUCGUGCAAAGGCACAGACCCAAUCUUGUACUUCAAGAUAAAGGCAGAUGAUCAGGCAGCUUCUCCUCUGAGCUCACUCUAGCAUAAGAGCAAAAAAACUGAAGUCAGCCACAACAUUUCAAACACUUCAGUCUUUGUGGAAGUUUCUCAAUCUGCUUGCUAUGAGGAGCAAAUUUCCUGUGAAAACAAAGUACUGUACACUUUACAAAAAAUUGUGUAACAGAUUCAUGAACUUUUAGACAGGACAAGGGCAGGCUUAUUGCAAUUCUGUGUUGAAAGUGGGCUGGUACUGGGAAAUUCCCAGCCCUGGGUAUCCUUUUCAAUUUCCUCUUUUCUGGGCUUUAAAUCCCUUAUAAAUACCCUUUCUGAAAGCAGACAAGACGGGCUUCACUUCACCUGGCCUCCUGGCUUUGCCUUUCUGCAGUGCUCUGUGUCAGGUUUGGGCAGGGAACCAUGAGGCUCUGUAUCUUCUUCGUGUUGCUCUCCAUUGUUCUAUAUGCAAGUGCUGACAACCCAUUCUCCAGGGGUUUCAAGUUUAUGAAGGAUGCAGCUGGAGGCACACAGGAUAUGUGGAGAGCAUACCGGGACAUGCGUGACGCAAACUACAUUGGUGCUGACAAGUAUUUCCAUGCUCGUGGCAAUUACGAUGCUGCCCGGCGAGGACCCGGUGGUGCUUGGGCAGCCAAAACGAUCAGCGAUGCCCGGGAGCUCUGGCAGAGCGGUAUAAGCGGCAGAGGCGCGGAGGACACCCGGCUCGACCAAGAGGCCAACGAAUGGGGCAGAAGAGGCGGUGAUCCCAACCGCUACAGGCCCGCAGGCCUUCCCAAUAAAUAUUGAACUUGCUCCGUUCCCCUGUUCCCCCUCCCUUGUGCAGACCAAUAAAGAAGCUGCUGCGUUUCCAGGA